AGACUCUGUGAUCUCUCAGCAUGGACGCCUACACUGAUUAUCAACAAUAUGACGACUACACCUACCUAGAAAACCUAACCGACAACGAACCCUUUCUUUUCAAUGUCACUUUGGACUGUCCAGGCUCUCCCCUCCAUGGCUUUAACACCUUCCUCCCCGUACUCUAUUACCUGAUAUUUUUCACUGGCUUUUUGGGCAACCUCUUUGUGAUCUCUGUCAUGGCCAGCAAAGGCAAGAGAAGAGGGCGUCUUGUGGACACGUUUGUUAUCAACCUGGCUCUGGCCGACCUGAUCUUUGUCCUCACGCUGCCUCUGUGGGCCGUCUCUGCCGGCCAAAAUGGUUACUGGGACUUUGGGGCCAUCAGCAACCUGUUGUGCAAACUGAGCAGCUACAUCAUCGCUGUGAACCGCUUCUCCAACAUCUUCUUCCUCACCUGCAUGAGUUUUGACCGCUACCUGGCUGUGGUGAGGCUGAUGGAUUCCAGGCACCUGAGGAGCAGCAGGUGCAUUCAGGUCACCUGUGGUGCAGUCUGGACGAGCUCCCUGCUGCUCGGCCUCCCAUCAUGGGUGCACAGAGGUUUGCAGGACUUCGGUGAUGGCCCAUCCUGUGUGGAAGACAACAACUCAUAUUUUUUCCUCAGCCUGAGCCUGAUGAUGGCAUUACUCACCUUCAUCUUUCCAGUUAUGAUCAUCGUGGUCUGCUACGGCACCAUCAUCCUGCAUCUCAACAAGCACUGUGCUGCUGCUGCCAAUCCUCGAGCUGAAGCCCGCCGCAAACACUCCCUUAAGAUGGUCUUCUCUAUCAUCGUGGCCUUUGUGGUGUCCUGGCUCCCUUUCAACAUAUUCAAAGUCAUUAUUGUUGUCUCACAGCUCUCAAAUGCUGAUUUGAGCUGUGAGGCUCAGGCAUGGCAAAGAAACGGGCUCCUCAUCUCAUGCUGCCUGGCAUUCCUCAACAGCUGCAUCAAUCCGGCCAUCUACCUUUUCCUUGACCAUCACUUCAGACAACGGGCCAAGAUCCUGUACGGCACCUGCAGAGGAAAGAAAAAGUCACUGCAGAGCUACAACUCCUCUGCUUCAUUCACUAACGCUGGCACUACAGAGAGCUUAGGAACAAGUGGAGGGAGAUCUCAGAUUCAGAUUGAGUGA